UAUGAAGUUUCUGGUGGAUGCUUGAAGGGCGGUUGUUUGCGGUACUGUAAGGAUAACCUGGGACAUAUUCAUAUAUGCGUUUUGUUUAGUCGUUAAUCUAAAGUAAACCGACUGAUUUGAAGAUGUUAAACACUGCCAACUGGGACCCGGUACAUGUUUCUAACUAUGUAGUGGAAUAUAUGGACUUGGUCGAUUCGCUGCCGUUCGACCUACAAAGAAACGUGUCUCUAAUGAGAGAGAUCGACUCCAAAUAUCAAGAAAUCCUGCAAGAACUAGAUGAAGCAUACCAGAAGCACAGACAGGAGGAGGACCCGGUACAGCGCAGAAAACUUCUGCAUUGCAUCCAGCGUGCUCUGAUCCGCAGCCAGGAACUUGGGGAUGAAAAGAUUCAGCUAGCCGGGCAGAUGGUGGAGCUAGUGGAGAACCGCAGCCGGCAAGUGGACACUUACGCAGAGCUUCUAGAAGCCCAGAUCGAACCUCCCAACAUAACUUCUGUUACCCCUGUCCUUCUAAGCAAGCGGCGUGAGGAGGAGAAACGAAGAGAAGAGACGCCGAGUUCAGUGGAAAGAAUAGCAGGAGCUAGCAAGCGUUCAAGGCGGCAGAAGAACAGCGGCAACGAAAACCGGGAGAUGAUUUCCAGCGACCGUGAUGAUGUGACUAGAGAAAAGAGAGCAAAGUCUUCAAAGAAGAAAAAGCGAUCAAAAGCAAAGCAGGAAAGGGAGGCUUCACCGGCUGACCUACCCAUUGAUCCCAAUGAGCCUACGUACUGUCUCUGUGAGCAGGUGUCGUACGGUGAGAUGAUCGGCUGUGACAAUGACGAGUGCCCUAUCGAAUGGUUUCAUUUCUCCUGUGUGGGCCUCAACCAUAAACCCAAGGGGAAAUGGUAUUGCCCAAAGUGCAGGGGUGAUACAGAGAAAACUAUGGACAAAGCAUUGGAGAAAUCCAAAAAGGAAAGGGUGUACAACAGGUAGCUGAUUACCUGUGGAACUUUUGAGUAUUUCUAUUUAUUUUAUG